CACAGUAAAUCGAAGACACGGUGAGAAAGAGAGGGAAAGGAAACAAGAAAUUCAGACUAGAUGUGGCUCAGCUGAACAUCCAGCUCGCCUAAUGUUGUGCUCACUCACUCACUCUGAUCUGUCUGGGCAGAAUGGAACUGAUAUUAGUUCGCCAGCGACUGAGCAGGAGCAGCAGCUCUGUAGAUGAUCAUCACUCCUUUUGGAUUAUUUCAGAAAGCACUACUGUUGUGAUGCAUUGGAGCACCAGCAGAAAGGAAGAUGAACCUUGAUUCUCUGGAGGGCUCGAUCCAGAACCUGCUGUCAGUGCUGUACCCGCCCUUUGAGGCCACCGCCCCCACUCUUCUCAGCCAGCUCUUCCAAAUCAUUGAAAGUCGUUAUCAGGGAGACGCCCUGCGGUGCCUGCUGGACUUUCUUGUCCCAGCCAAGCACAUCUUAGACACUGUGCAGCAGGCUGCAUGUGCUCAGUACUCUGAUGUACUUUUCCUCUGUGAGGGCUGGCCUCUGUGUUUGCAUGACCGAGUUGUCAUCCAUCUCGCUCCACUCAACCCCCUGGUACUACAGCCUGGUGACUUUUACCUCCAGGUGGCACCAUUUUGUGACCAAUCCGCUCGCAUUGUUGUCUGCAGCCUCUUGGAAGAGGAGGGGCUGACAGUGGAAGUAGUUGAGGAGACCCCAGUCCCUGAAACUUCCUAUCCUUGUAUAUUCAGCCGUGAGUGGUUAGAGGAGACCAACCAGAGCCGCUGUGGAACACCUCUCAGCCAGUGCCUGCUCGCCACUGAGCAGGGCAUAGUAAGGUUACCAUGGGAGCGGGUGGCCGUGCCUGAUUUUGUGGAUUUGCCACGGUGUGCUGGGAGUAGUAUGGCCUCUGCUCCUCCCUCUCAUCCUCCUUUAUCAUCUCCGAUUUCUCCUCUUCCACCUCUUCCUACUUUUUCUGAGAAGUCUUUAUCAAAUUGUUCAUUUCUUCUUUCUCCUUCAAAGGAAUCUGCACCAAAACAGUAUCCUAUAACCAUCCAUAAUUCAAUUUCAACAUCUUCACAUCCUUCUUCCUUCGCUGUUGAGACCAGAAUAUGUCCAGCAAAGGAUGGUAUUGCUGUGUCACUCUGCCUGGUGGAUACUAGUGCUACCUCACCUAGACUGGUCAAAGUGAAAGAAAAAGAGCCUAGGCCUAUAGGCUGGGUGUCCCCAAAUAUGUGGGACAGCCGCUUUACUGGGAAAGAUCAAACUACAGCUACAAAUACAAGCACUGUUUUAAGUCCAUGCACCCCUGCAAGUGGAGACACAAUCACAUGCAAUGCUGCAGAAAGGAGUGUUACUGUUUUUGAAAAUAUAGGGGAACAUAAACAUAGCGAUUCAAAUAUUACAGAUACAAGCAGAAGUGGACCAACCAGUCACGUUACUCUAGAAGGGGAAUAUAUACUUCAGGCACCUAUGCUUUUUGGUAGAUCUCAGUUAAUAACUGAAGAACAGCAGAAAUUAAAAGUGCAAAUGCAACCAUACACACAAUUCCAAACACAAAGGCAUCCACACAGACAAGCACAAAUGGAGUUGUACAGGCAAACACAGACAAACACAAAAAUACCUCCACAAGCACAGUCACAAGCACAUGUGUAUUUACCUACAAAACUAGAAACACAUAGUCAUUCUACUGCAGAGGCUCCUGUAUCUUUAAGGCCCAAUGAGUCUGCAGAAACAGGACCUCCAUCUGCUCUACACCAUUUCCAGUCCUGUCACCCUGACCCUGACUCCCUUGAAUCCUCUCAGUGUGCCCGCACUGUCCAGUUCUCGGAGAAACCCUGUACCCCGUGCAUGAGGAGGAGACAAGGUGGAAAGGUUAUCAGAGGUCAUGAGCCGAGAUGUCGAUACAGGGAAUCCUACCAAGCUGCUAUAGAAAACCCUGUCACAUUUGGACAGGAGAAAGAGAGGGGUAACAUGUUAGCUGUGGUGGAAGAGGAUGGUGAUUUCUCACAGUGUGAUGACAGGCGGUGGCCACCAGGGCCAGAAGUGGGCAAUCCACAGUGUGAUGUUCAAGACCAGUCUCCUUCCUGUGUCAGUGGAGCCAUCUGUAAGGAGUCAGGAGAAAGGAACACUGUUCCACAAUGGAAAUCAGGAGAUAUAAAUGCUGCUCCCUGUAUGGAGUACAGGGGUUCAAAUGCUUUAAAAUAUGAUGGGCUACCAGAAGAGACAACUGAAAGAACAGCUGUACCACUUAGAGAACUAAAGGAUGCACACUCUGACAAACCUUAUGGCAAGUUACACAAUGCAAACGGGACAAAUUUACCAUCAGGAAUGAGGAUGAACACUAAUAGAGGUUUGUCAAGCUCAAGUCACCCCAAACAGUCAGAUGUGAUCUCUGCUAAACACCAUGGAUUAUGGUUUAGUUCAGGUGAAACCUCAGGGAUGAAUAUGGCUCACAAACCUUGUGAAAGGCUGCAAAACAGAACCAGCUCCACAGAGACAAGUCCAGACUUUACUAAGUCUCUUACCACGCCACAAAAUAGACAAGAAUCCUUGUCAUAUGCAAGAUUGUCAUCCCUCUCCACAAUGGUGGUGGACACCUCAGAGAGAUGUGAAGUCGUCAUCGUUGAUGGUCAAAAUGUCAGGAGAAAAGAGAAUACAGACUCCUCUGCAGAGAUUCCCCAACUACAUGUGGUCAAAUGUAAAAACAGCACAGCUUUUGGACUGGUUUCACCCAAAAUCAACAGGAGGAAGAUGGUCAUUCAAGAUGGUUCUCAGCCUGCUGAUACAUCCAUAACCAGUAGAAAUGGCCAUCAGAUGGAGAACACGUCAAAGACAAAACCAGCAGCAGCGACACAAAAGAUUCCCCAGCUUGCCUCUGCUUGUCCAAGACCUGACCACCUCCCACUGGGCUCCCCAGACCCCAGAGCGCACCCCCUCUAUCUUGGAGUUGCAUCUCUCACAGGCGGCAGAGACAGGACUGGCAGGGCAAUAACUGAGCUCUACGGAGAUCACCAAGGAUGGAGGUCAGAUGUAAUGAGCUGGGAGCUCUUCCAAAUGCUGCUCUACUUCCACUCUAUCACCAGGAGAGAAAUCAGAGAUGCUGGGAUGACACUCAUUUUCGAUGCAAGGAAGACAAAUCCUCAGCCGCAGCUCUAUAAGGCCUUGAUGCUGUUUCAGGAGCAGACUCCACAGGCUAUUAAUAGUUUGGUGCUGCUGGUGGGCAAGGACGGCAACCUCUGGCCAGAGAGAUGUCCUGGGGUCCAGACUGAUGUGGUAACCUCGAUGAAAGCCUUGUUCAAGUUGGUGGAGGUGAGCCAGCUGAGCCCCCGCCUGGAUGGCACGUUGUCUCACAGCCAGUGCGACUGGGUGGAGCUGCACCAGAAACUCUUCCCAUUCGUAUCUGAUCUUCAUGAGGUGUCCGGCCUGCUACUGAGAGCCGUCAGUAAGUUAGAGGAGCCCCAGAGGACGGACACUGUACAGACGGUGCAGCAGUGCAUCAUGGACCAGAGGACUUUUAUGAGGGAUGUACUGGAGGACAGCAGAUUGGUCAGCCUGCAGAGGGAGGGCGGGUCCAUCCUGGCUAGGCUGAGGAAGGAGCGUGACCUCAAAUACCCCCACUGUGACGACCUUGGUGAUCCAGUGGACUCUGUGACCAGCCUGUACAGCCACGUGGAGGAGCAGGCUCACAUGCUUGUGCAGAGGUCCAACAUGUCAUUGGAACACCUGGAGUACCUGCUGCAACUCAGAGAGAUGGAGGGACACUUCACACAAAUGCAGCAGUGGUUUAAUGUAGAAGGAGAACGCCACCUGCUGGAGGCUGAAUCUGUUGAAGACUCUGGAGACAGGAUGGAGCAGGUCCUCACCAGCUUUACUGGUUUCCUUAUAGAAGCUAAUGACCGAAGACACCAUGCCAUGUUGUUAGUUUCAGAGGCAAAGCAUCUGCAGCAGAGUGGCCUCUCCUACCCAGAGGUGGAGGCAUUCAGGGCUCUAGUCUGCACUUUCAAGUCAGGCCUGGAGGACUUCCUGUGCAGGGCAGAAGCAUGUGGCAGGCAGCUGCAGGUCAUGGUCAACCUGUGUGAUUUUUGUGAGCAGGCUACAGCUCUGGCCAAUGAAUGCACUGAUUAUCUGAACCUGAGUCAAUCCAGAAUGCACACAGUGCACAACCAUCAAAAUACAACACCUAUCAAUCAAACAAACUCUCAGCAAAUACAACAGCAAAGCCAAGACCCCGGACCAAGCACCGCAUCUGUUGGCCAGUCUCUUAUCCACGCAAUACGUGGCUCUGGCCCAGUCACCACCAGUGUUUCACUGUCGGCCAAUGACAGCUCCAUCCUAAAGACUUUCCAAGACAGGUUGCUCCAGUUCAGCCCAGAGAGAUUUCAGGAGAUGAAGGCACAGGCCAGUGUCUUGCGGGGCUCCAGGGCGAAGCGUGUCUGGAACGUAGCCUGGCUGAGAUGUCAGGAAGCCAGGCAGCAGCUUCAGGAGAGGAUGCAGGAUGUGCAUGAGGUUUACCACCAACAUCCAGAUUCUAACAGCUGGUGUGAAUGUCCUUAUGUUGAUGUGGUGAGCACUAAUGUUCAGACAGCAUCACCCGGUGGGCAGAGUCUAGUGGUACAGUCUACCCCUGGGUCUUGGCACCCGCAGUGGGAGGGUGUGGAGGAUUUUUGGAAGAGAAGGCCGAUCCUUAGCAACAACAGCACUGAUUUAACAAAUGUAGCCUGCUGUAACAUUGUGAAACCUGAGGAUCACAGUGAUGCUGGAAUCAACCAGGGGUCAAAGGUCAUUCCACCAUCACCUCACAGACCAGCAAGGGGGACGGAAGCAGAGACAAGGAGGAGACAGAUGAGCAGAGCGAGGACUGAACGAGAUGCUGCUGCUCUGUCUCAGUCUCACACUGUCGGUUGCCAGUGGUUUCCUUGGGGACGAGGUCUGAGACUGAGGUCAGUGAGCCAGGACUCGUGCCUGACAGGGGUAGCAACAGCAGGGUCAUCUCCUAAUCCAGAGCAGCAGGUUCGACCCCCAUCGACCUGUUCCCACCACGGUCAGCCAUCUUGUCGGAUCCUUCACGAGGCUCAGAAGUUUCAAAUCUCCCGCCACGGGAGCUUCUGCUCUGAGGACACCUGUAUGAGUGACCGAUGUGCUGCAGGGGGUAAUGGGGCAUACUGCAAACACUCAAGCCUGCCCGUCGGGAGAUACGAGGGGGUGUUUUGUUUGGCAAAUCCACAGGAAAGCACCAGCAAUGCGCUGAGACUGCAGCGUGUCCUGGAGGAGCUGGUGCUCACAGAGAGGGAGUACGUCCGCUCUCUGGGCUACAUCUUGACCCACUACCUCCCCCUGCUGGACAGACCAGACAUACCCCAGGACCUCAGGGGCAAGCGAGGUGUCAUCUUUGGCAACCUGGAGAAGCUUUAUGAUUUCCACAGUCACUAUUUCCUGCCCGAGCUGGAGGCCUGCCAGGGGGAGCCCGCCAUGGUGGCCCGCUGCUUUCUCAGACAUAGUGAGAGUUUUGGCUUGUACGCCCUGUACAGCAAGAACAAACCUCAGUCAGACGCUCUCAUCCUACACCGUCGCCAUGACAUCUUCAAGAAAAAGCAACAAGAGCUGGAGGACAUGAUGGACCUUUCGUCCUACCUGCUGAGACCCAUCCAGAGGAUCAGUAAAUAUAGCCUCCUGCUGCAGGACAUGCUGACCCUGGCCGGCUCACACAGGCCAAAAGAUACGAUCCAUGAAACCCUACUGGCAUCUAGUGCGCGCGCGCAAAGUGUGUGUGGCCCAGGUGUGUAUGUGCCUGAUCUGACGAGCAGUGAGAGGGAGAGGGCUGAGAUCCAGGCUGCUGCGGAUCUGGUUCGAUUUCAGAUGCGACACGGGAACGAUUUGCUCACCAUGGACGCCAUCCAGGACUGUGAUGUGAAUUUAAAAGAGCAGGGCCAGCUGAUUCGCCAGGACGAGUUCACAGUUUACUUUAGGAAGAAGAAAUGUGUCCGCCGCAUCUUUCUCUUCGAAGAUUUAAUCCUCUUCAGCAAGACCAAGAGAACAGAUGUGGGCAAUGAUGUUUAUGUCUACAAGCAGUCAUUCAAGACAAGCGAUAUUGGGAUGACCCAUAACUCUAGCGUGAGUGGGCUGUGUUUUGAGAUCUGGUUCCGCAGGAGGAAAACUGAAGAUACCUACACUCUGAAGGCAUCUAGCAUGGAGGUGAAGAAAGCUUGGACCACCGACCUGGAGGGGAUCCUGUGGAAUCAGGCCGCUCACAGCAGAGAACUGUGUAUUCAGGAGAGGGUGUUCAUGGGAAUGGGCCGCAAACCAUUCAUGGACAUUCAACCCAGUGAUGCUGCAACGUGUGACCAAGCCCUCACUUGUGUCCUUCCUGGGAGAAUCCCUGUGGCAUAUUGUUCACACAGGGACUUAGACUAUCCACGGCCGCACUCGGUUGGCUCUGGCAGCACUGCCUCCACCACCCUCAGCCAAUCGUCUUCCUCCUCUGGCCGGGGCUCACUGCCGCCUGCUGGUUAUCCUGGGAACCAGUCACAGGGAGUAGAGGCCAGUCCUGCUGCCUGCUCUUCCCCUGAAGCUGUGACUGACAGUGGACCCAGCAGUCAUCAUCUUCAUCAUAACUGUUAUGCUCUGAUGGGCAGCACUGAAUCAUCCGGGGAAUACAUCGACGUCUUCAGCAGCUCAGACCACAGCUGCCUGUCUGCCAUUGGUGGAGAGGUAGUGGAUGACGACUCUUCACUUGCAUCCAAGAGUUCAAAGCCUUGCCCACCACUGUGUUGGACCCCCAGCCUGACCAGAAACAGCUCUCCUGAUGUUACUAGAAAGAAACCAGGCGUCACCCUGAAACCUCCACAUCUGGCUAAAGCUCAGGGUGAUGAAAGUCUAAGUGGAAAAUCAACAGAAGUUUAACCAUGGAUUUCCUGCAGAAAAUAAGUAUGUAAUGUUCUUAAAUAAACACAGUCAUAUGGUGGAAAUAUGGGAAUGAACACAACUGAAUAAAAUAGUGGGAUUAUUUUCUAAUUUUUGUCUAGAAGUACUGUUAUACAAUCAAAUAGAAAUGCAAUAAGCCUGAAAUGAUGCAUUUGAUUUUAUCAAAUUGUUGUCAGUAUUCUGAACAUUAUUUAGUUAUUGCAAUUAAGGAAAUAACCCUGUAUUUAAAAAAAACAACAACUAAAUAAUAGUUCCUAAAUCAUUCCUUUCCAUUUGCGUAGUAGCAGUUAUCUCAGGUAACCAUGUUGAAGUAAGGUUAAGAGGAUAAUGUUGGUUAACUGCACAAUUCAGAGCAGCAGAGUAAAUGAUGUUUCUUUUAUUACCUGACAUUAAUAUUUGAAUGAGCAAAAAUUGUAGAUUCAAAGUGGACAGUUUUUUUUUAAAUCUGAUUUUGUUCUGAUGCAGUUUUACAUGGUCAGCUCUUAAGUUUUUUUUAUUUUAUUUUUUGCUGUGUAUAUAAGU